AUGUGGCUGCUGCACCUGUUGCUGGCCCUGCUGGCUCCUGUCACUGCUGCAGGCUGCCAGGGUGCUGAGCUCGACAGGCAGCUCAUCCUGGCCAAGCUCCGGGCCCAGGUCCUGGAGUAUCUGAGUCCCAGCAGCCCCAGGAGCAGGGCCCAGCAGGAGCGAAGGGGGAUGCACAGGAGGCACAUCUCAGGGACUCCAGCCCUCUGGGGCCAGGAGCUAGAGGACACCUCCCAGGUGAUACUUUUCCCCACCACAGAUGUGCCAUGUGAACCACCCCAGUCGGACGGGCUCCCGGAGGACGAGAGCGUUUUCACUUACCUCUUCCAGCCUUCACCUCACACCCUGAGCCGCGUGGUGACGUCCACCCAGCUGUGGUUCCACACCGGCCCGGUCCUCGUGCCCCCCGGCUCAUCAGCUGCUGCCAACCGUUCUGCGGUGGGGGCAGACGUGCUGAUCCUCUCGGGGCAGGGCCGGGUCACCGUGGCAGCCACUGUGGUGCAGGCAGCCGAGCAGUGGACGGUCUUUCACUUCGCUGCGCCCUUCCUGCGCUACGUCUGCCAGAAGCUCUUUGUGCUGCUGGUGCGCUGCCCGGGCUGCCCUUGCACGGCCGACGCAGACAAGAUGCCCUUCCUCAUGGCCACCACCAAGCCCAAAGGGCCGGACAGAGCCCGCCGCUCCUCUGUGCCUUGGUCCCCGGCUGCCCUCAACCUGCUGCAGCGCCCGUCAGAGGAUGCCGCAGCCCACGCUGACUGCCACCGGGCCGCCCUCAACAUCUCCUUCGAGGAGCUGGGCUGGGACAAGUGGAUCGUUCACCCGAGCAGCUUUGUCUUCCACUACUGCCACGGCAGCUGCUCCGACGCCCACACCCUGAGCCACGCGCUGGGCUUCCGGCUGUGCUGUGCGGCCCUGCCCAGCACCAUGCGCUCCCUGCGUGUGCGCACCACCUCUGACGGCGGCUACUCCUUCAAGUACGAGACCGUGCCCAACAUCCUCACCCAGGACUGCGCCUGCAUCUAGGGCUGCCGGGGAUCAUGCAGCCAUGCGCUGGGCUCUGCCGAGCCGGCCUGACUC